AUGUCCUUGGUGGACCUAGGGAAGAGGUUGCUGGAAGCCGCUCGCAAAGGCGAAGAUGACGAAGUGCGGAAGCUGAUGGCGAGCGGCGCGCCCUUCACCACGGACUGGCUCGGGACGUCGCCGCUUCACCUCGCUGCCCAGUACGGCCACUAUUCGACGGCGGAGGUGCUGCUUCGCGCUGGCGUCAGCAGAGAUGCCCGGACAAAAGUGGACCGGACGCCGCUCCACAUGGCUGCGGCUGACGGACACACUCACAUUGUAGAACUGCUAAUUAGGAACGGGGCUGAUGUAAACGCCAAGGACAUGCUGAAAAUGACGGCUUUGCACUGGGCGACGGAGCACAACCACCGAGACGUCGUGGAGCUGCUCCUCAAGUACGGAGCUGACGUCCACGCUUUCAGCAAGUUUGAUAAAUCGGCUUUUGAUAUCGCUUUGGACAAGAACAAUCCGGAGAUGCUGGUGAUGCUGCAGGAAGCAAUGCAGAACCAGGUGAACGCUCAUCCAGAGAGAACGAACCCCGUGACCAGCACUGUGACUCUCACCUCUCCGUUCAUCCUUGCGUCAGGAGAAGUUCUCAAUCUCACCAGCCUCGGCUCUUCCGCAAACACCAAAACAACCUCAGGUGGCUCGCACGUCUCGACGGUGCAGUUUGCCAACUCCACGACCUCCGUGCUCGCCACGCUGGCGGCUCUCGCCGAAGUGUCGGCACCGCUUUCCAGCUCCGACAGGGAUACAG